UUAACAAACUUUCAGCUGUUACUUUGUUUGUGUGACGAGGAUAUGUUCACUGUCAGGGAUAAAAAAAAACCUACAUUUUGCUCCAUUCUAUAUAGUAUCUGUAUACCAAACUUUAUUGUUUACCCAUUGGUUUAGGCGGUAAGGCGCUAUUAGGUUUAAUAACACACUAUAUCACAAAUAAACAAACUUACUUUCAUAUUAAUAAUGUACUAAGGAUUUUAUUAUUUUUAUUGGUUUAAUAGCAUAUAUAUUUUUUAUGAAACGUUGUGAUUUUUUUAACUGUUUGUUGUAUGAAUUAAUAUCUUGUAAUAUCUUAAAUUUUAUUAAAUUAGUAGGCUAAAAGAUAGCUAUUAAAAAAUUCAAAACUUGUCUCUAAAUUAGCAAUAAAACAAAAGAAUAUUUUUUUAAAAUGUUCGUCUAAAGUUGCAAUCUCUAAAGCUCAGAAACAUUAUAUUAAAAAAGUAAUAGUCAGUGUCAUUAUCACACUACUGUCAUAUUCACAUGUUUUGUUAUGAUUUUUAAAUUCAUAAUUUGUUUUAUUCAAUAAGUUUUCGUGGAUGUAGUGAAAUCCAUUGUUAGUUAAUGAAUGCUAACCUAGGAAAAGAAUUGACUAUAAUAGAAACUAUAUAUGUAGAAUAGUUAAGUGUUCUUAUUUAUUAUAACCUACACAAAUGGCUGGCGAAGUUAAAAAAAGCAGCAAUAAAUCGAUGACAGACGAGGAGAGACUAGCUUUGUGUCAGAAAUUGGAUAAAGAACUAGACGACUUUAUCAAUGGCUUGGAAAAGAAGAGGUAUACAGAAGGAUGGCCAGAAGAUCGGUGGGAGGAAGAGAUGGAGAAACAUCCAUUCUUCAUGAAGUCCACACCUGAUGAUGGUGAGCUGUCACCAUUAGCUGAGGGUCUUGCUAAGUUGAAGUAUGAUCCAGAAGAGAAUACACCACUGGAACUAGCUACUAGUUAUAAAGAGGAUGGAAAUUUCAAUUUCAAACAUAAAAAUUAUAGGCUGGCUAUUUUAGGUUACACUGAAGGUAUAAAAGUGAAAUGCAAUGAUCCAGAAAUAAACGCUAGUUUGUAUAACAAUAGAGCAGCUUCACAUUGGCAUUUGAAAAAUUACAGAUCUGCACUCUAUGACAGUGAGAAAGCCUUAUCAUUUAAUCCAAAUCACAUAAAAGCAAUGUUAAGAGCUGCAAAAUCAGCUAUAGAGAUUGCAAAAUACGAUUUGGCUAUAGAGCAUUGUCAGAAAUACUUGGUUAUUCAGCCAAAAGACAAAGAAACUAUAGACCUUAUGAAUGCAGCUAAAAAGAAGAAAUUAAUACAAGAAAGGGAUCAGAGGAAGAAAGAAAGGUUAGAGACAAAGAAUAAUGAGCAAAAAGAUGCAGUAAUAAGACUCAUAAUUGAAAGAGGUAUAAAAAUAUCAAAUUGUGAUGAUGAGGAUGAUAUUGAUUUGUCAAAAUUAGAACCAAACUUGCCUGGAGCUCAUGAUGCUAUGGUACAUAUUGAUAAUGCUAUAUUAAAAUGGCCAGUACUCUUUUUGUAUCCAGAGUACCAAAUGACAGAUUUCAUCAAAGCUUGUCCUGAGAAUGUGCCACUAUUGAAUCAACUUGAACAGCUGUUCCCAGCACCAUGGGAUCAAGAAAAUAAAUACAGUUGUGAGAAAAUCAAUGUUUACUUUGAGGGCUACGAUAAAAUGCCGCAUGUAAUAAAGCCGUCUAAGAAUUUAGGGGAAAUAUUAUUGACUAAGUAUUUUGAAGUGAAAGCAGGGACUCCUGCAUUUUUUGUACUGCCUCGCGGCAGUGUUAUUGAGAGUAGAUUUUUGGAAAGUUUUAUUUAGAAAUUGUUUUGUAUAUUGUUUUAUAUUGUGAAUUAUUUAAAAAUAUAUUUAUCUUUAAGAGA